AUGGACAUCAUUGGCUUUCUGAAGUCUCAGUUCAUUUGCCACCUUCUUAUCUGCUACAUAUUUAUAGUGUCGGGACUGAUAAUUAACUUCAUUCAGCUCUUCACACUUGUCCUCUGGCCAAUCAACAAGCAGCUUUUCAGGAAGAUCAAUUGCAGACUGGCUUACUGCAUUUCAAGCCAGAUGGUGAUGUUGCUGGAAUGGUGGUCAGGCACUGAUUGCACCCUCUACACUGACCCAGAGAGUUACCACAAGUACGGGAAAGAGAAUGCCAUCGUAAUCCUUAAUCACAACUAUGAAAUCGACUUUCUCUGUGGUUGGAACUUUUGUGAAAGAUUUGGGGUUUUAGGGAGUUCCAAAGUGCUUGCAAAAAAGGAACUUUCUUACGUGCCUAUCAUUGGUUGGAUGUGGUAUUUCCUAGAGAUAGUCUUCUGCAAGCGUAAAUGGGAGGAAGAUCGGAAAACUGUCAUGCAGAGCUUGCUCAAUCUCCGGGAUUACCCUGAAAAAUUUUGGUUCUUGAUACACUGUGAGGGCACGAGAUUCACAGAGCAGAAGCACCAAAUCAGCAUGCAGGUUGCUGAAGCCAAAGGCCUGCCUAAACUCAAGUAUCAUCUGCUGCCCCGGACAAAGGGAUUUGCUGUCACUGUGCAAAGUUUGAGAAAUGUAGUUUCAGCUGUGUAUGAUUCUACGCUCAAUUUUAGAAAUAAUGAGAAUCCAACUUUGCUGGGAGUUUUAAAUGGGAAGAAAUACCAUGCAGAUUUAUAUGUAAGACGUAUUCCAUUAGAGGAAGUCCCAGAAGACGAACAGGAAUGUUCUAAGUGGCUUCACAAACUCUAUCAAGAAAAGGAUGCCUUUCAAGAAGAAUACUACAGAACAGGAACCUAUCCAGCUACUCCCAUAGUGCCACCUCGGCGGCCAUGGACUCUUUUGAACUGGCUUUUCUGGGCCUUAUUGCUGCUAUAUCCUUUAUUCCAGCUGCUUAUCAACAUGGUCAGCAGUGGAUCAUCACUGACGCUGGCUAGUUUUGCUUUUGUCAUCAUUGUGGCUUCUGUUGGUGUCCGAUGGAUGAUAGGGGUGACUGAAAUUAACAAGGGCUCUACCUACGGCAACAAUGACAACAAGCAGAAACAAAUGCAUGCCUUGCAUUUCACAGCCCGAUGGAGUUGAUCUAGUUUCCAGUGAGACAACCUUACUGACU